AUGGAAUCUUCGUAUACAUUUGAGCCCGUAGUCCGUUCUACUGCCCAGAGGCCCCGCGUUCUCUUGUUGGGCAAGACACUGCAUGAUGGCGGAGAGGCUUUGCGCAACUCAGACUUGUUUGAGAUACACACUCUGGACGCUGAAGACCGAGAUCAACUUCUCGCGAAGAUACCCAAACACAUCGCGAAAUAUGGGCCUUAUCAGGCCCUCGUGGCCCGUCUAAGCCCCAAGCCAUACGAGCCAUUUGAUGCAGAGCUUCUGUCGCCCUUUAUGCCACACUUACGCAUCGUCGUGUCGGCGCAAUGCGGAUACAACGACUUUGACGUGAAAUGGAUGACAAAUCAGGGAAUAUGGUUCUGCAACUCCAGAAACGCCACUUGUGAAGCGACGGCCGACAUGGCAAUGUUUCUGGUGCUUGGCGUCUUGAGAAACACCUCUCUCGCCGAGCAGAACUUGCGAAAUGGGCUCUGGCGCGCAGGGCUUGGGCUUGGACAGGAUCCAUCCGGAAAGACCCUUGGGAUCGUGGGCAUGGGCAAAACUGGCUCACUGCUGGCUCGGAAAGCCAGUAUAGCGUUCGGAAUGCGAGUUGCUUAUUGGAAUCACAGCGGAAGAUCUGUAUCUGCCCCGUCCAAUUCUUCCUACAGACGAUGCGACACCUUGGAUGAUCUUUUAAAGUGUUCCGAUAUUGUGUCUUUGCAUUGUCCUCUCACAGAAGGUACAAGAGGUCUCAUGUCGCGCGACAAAUUCAACAAGAUGAGAGAUGAUUCAUAUUUCAUCAAUGCCUCGCGAGGCGCACUGGUCGAUGACGAGGCGUUGGUGGAAAGUUUAGAAACGGGGAAAAUCCGGCGUGCAGGACUUGACGUGUUUGACAACGAGCCUGCUGGAAUUCAUCCAUACUUCCGUUCACGACCAGACAAAGUCGUCGUUCAACCGCACAUGGGUGGAUUAACCGAGGCUUCAUUCGCCAGAGCAGCAGCGGAAUGUUUUGGUAACCUUCGGAACUAUUUUGAGACCGGAAGGCCAUGGACUGCUGUCAACGAGGUCUCAUCUCUGGACUUGUGGACAGUGUCGGGGCGGAGGACAUCAGGUAUGAUCGAGGACAGCAUCCCUUUGAACUUGGGAACGGACACGGGGCACCAAAAGGCCGACCACUGCGAGACGCCCCGCAUCGCGAUUAUGCAAUUCCACUAG